CUCCUCCAGGGCCGACUCGCUUCUCGCUCCCGCCACAUCUUCUCCGCCCCCUGCAGGCCGGGCGGUGGGACUGCCCCGUCACAGGCCGGCGACCUAAGGAGCCCAGGCGGGCAGAAAGCUGACGCGGAGUCGGCCGCUAAUGCUCACAGCGCAGUCCUCCAUGGCGCGCGUGCUGAUCGUGGGCGCCGGGCUGACCGGAAGCUUGUGCGCAGCGCUCCUGAGGAAGGUUGUUUCCGGUCCUCUGUACCUCGCUGUGUGGGACAAGGCUGGGGACUCAGGGGGAAGAAUGACUACUGCCAGCAGUCCUCAUAAUUCACAGUGCACAGCUGAUUUGGGUGCUCAAUAUAUCACCUGCACUCCUCAUUAUGCCAAAAAACACCAAACUUUUUAUGAUGAAUUAUUAGCCCAUGGCAUUUUGAAGCCUCUGACCUCUCCUAUUGAAGGAAUGAUGAUAAAAGAAGGAGACUGUAACUUUGUGGCACCUCAAGGAAUUUCUUCAAUUAUUAAGCAUUACUUGAAAGAAUCAGGUGCAGAAGUCUACUUUAGACAGUGUGUGACCCAGAUCAACCUGAGAAAUGACAAGUGGGAAGUCUUCAGGGAAACAGGCUCCCCUGAGCAGUUUGAUCUUGUUGUCCUCACCAUGCCAGUUCCUCAGAUUCUGCAGCUUCAAGGUGACAUUGUGAACUUAAUUAGUGAAUGCCAAAGGCAGCAACUGGAGUCUGUGAGCUACUCCUCUCGCUAUGCUCUGGGCCUCUUUUAUGAAGCUGGCACGAAGAUUGACGUCCCUUGGGCUGGGCAGUACAUCACCAGUAAUCCCUGCAUACGCUUUGUCUCCAUUGAUAAUAAGAAGCGCAAUAUAGAGUCAUCAGAAAUCGGGCCUUCCUUGGUGAUUCACACCACUGUCCCUUUUGGAGUUACAUACUUGGAGCAUAGCAUCGAGGAUGUGCAGGAGUUAAUGUUCCAGCAGUUGGAAAACAUUUUGCCAGGUUUGCCUCAGCCAGUUGCUACCAAAUGCCUGAAAUGGAGACAUUCACAGGAAUAAAAUAACCUGGCAAUUCUGUUUGGAUAGCAAGAUAGAAGGAAAUGGCCUCUUCUGGAAGUCCAGACAGGUUGCCAGAUUUGGCAAAUGAAAACAUGGGAUGCCUCAUUGAACUUGAAUUUCAGAUAAGUAAUGCAAAAUGUUUCAGUGUAAGUAUGUCCCAUGCAGUAAGUUUCAGUGUAAGUAUGUCCCAUGAAAACAGUUGAACAGUUCAAAUUUAACUGGUCAUCCUUUAUUUUACCAGGCAAACCUAAUCCCAGAGAAAGUCAGGACAGUGAAGAGAUUUCCACCAACAAAAGCUUCUUUUAAAGCCCUAGCUGAAUGGCUUUGGACGACAUUUCAACUCAGGCUCUACAUUUUCCCUGGAGUGUGAGCUCGAUGUCAUAGAAUAACAAUUGGGAGAAUGAACAUUCAGUGAACAUUCUGCCCCUUCCCUGCCCUCCACAGCCUGUGGCAAACUGCUCUCCCUCAACCAGCUGAGGAGUAAAAAAGUUUUCUCUUUAAAGAUAUUUUUCCCCUCCGCUUUCACUGUUUCUUGGAUUUGCUGGAUAACUGCUUUUGCUAAUUGUUUGCAGACCAUAGCCCAAUUUGGCCUGCCAACUAUGGAGGCAUGGUGGUGGGCUUAAGUGAUAAAGAGUAAGGGGAUUAAAUCAAGUAGUCCUGGUUUGGGAUUCCAACUCUGCUACGUCCUGCCUGAGAAACAUCAGAUAAAUUGCUUAACUUCUCUGGCCCUCAGUUUCUGCAUCAGUAAAAUGAGGGGCUCAUGGAAUUGCAUGGAGUGACAUAAGAUUGAAGCAGGCAGUACUUGUCUCAGUAUCUGGCACAUAAUUGAUAUUUUUUUUUUCUUGGUACUGGGAUCAAACCCAGGGACACUCAGCCACUGAGCCACAUCCCCAGCCCUUUUUAUAUUUUAUUUAGAGACAAGAUCUCUCUAAGUUGCUUUGUACCUUGCUAAGUUGCUAAGAUUGGCUUUGAACUCCUGAUCUUCCUGCCUUGGACUUCUGAGCUGCUGGGAUUACAGGCAUGUGCCCCCAUACCCAGUGAUACUCUUUUAAUAUUAGUCUGGUCAGACAUGGUGGCAAACACCUGUAAUCCCAGUGACUUGGGAGGCUGAAGCAGGAGGAACGCAAAUUCAAAGCCAGCCUCAGCAAUUCAGUGAGUCCCUAAGCAAUUUAGCAAGACACUGUCUCAAAAUUAAAAAUAAAAAGGAAGGGAUGUGGCUCAGUAGUAAAGCACCCCUGGGAUCAAUUCAUGGUACCAAGGAUAUAUAUAUACACACACAAACACAUUAUUUUUCUCUUUAUUGUGUCACACAUCACAGGUGACACUUAGAAUUGAGUCUGUCUAAGUCUGAGACUUGGAAACACAGGAACACAGGUUCUAGAAGAUGAUUAAGUCCUUGGACUUAGGAAGGGAUAGCUUGGUUGAAAGAUGGCUCCAUCACUCCCACUCCUGAGGACCUGGUCUUGUUCCGUCCUGCAGCAGCCUGGUGAGCUGACGACCUCCAAAGCCAGUCAUCUGAUUACCAAUGGACUUGGAUUAGGUCACCAAAAAUUUACCCAUAGUCAGAAGGCUACUUUAAGAAGUAGGAGGAAGCAGGAGAGAAGAAGGAGUGGAUGGAGACAAAAGGAGAAUGUCUGGACUGUGUGUUUAUGGGAAUCCUUGUCUACCUGGUCAUGGAGGCCACAUGUUUGGGGCAGUUGUCUGGGUGCCAUUUUUCUGGUGAUUGCUCGGGUUCCCUCCCCUCAAACCUCCUUUGGUGGUUCAGGUCAACUGAGACCCAGGAAAUCUAGGCCUAAACCAAUCAGAUCAUCAGAUCCCCUUGACCAAGAUAUGGGUGGAGAGGUAGACACAAGAUUCAAAUGGAGCUAAUCAACCCCCAGGCUUUAUGUUAUUUGGAGAUACAGUCACAACUUGCCUCCCUGGCUCCUAGUACUUGAUCUUGGAAUCAGCCCAUUCGUAGCUUCUGGCACUCUUUAGGCCAGUCUCAACUUGCUUAUUUACCACCAUUCAGGGGUUUCAGCCUUCAGCCCCUAGCAACCCUGACGUGCUUAUUCCCAGUUGUAUUACCUUACAGGGAAAUUGUCACUGGCUGAUUAUGUACAAGUGAUUACCUGGCCCUGUGCUGAGAAUUUUACUCCACAAAGUAAUCCAGCAAACCCAUUUUACAGUUGAUAUGACUGAGACUCAGAGGUUGCCAUAACAAAAUCCUACAGACUGGGUGGCAUAAGCAACAGAAACUUAUUUUCUUAUGGUUCCAGAGACCAGGAGUCAGAAAUCAAGGUGCUGGCAGGGUUGCUUCUUCAAGACCUCACUCCUUGGCUUACAGAUGGCUACCUUCUCAGUGUUGUCUUCAUGUGACCUUUUGCCUAUACAAAAAUGUGUCUAUGUCCUACUCUCUUCUUCCCUUAAGGAGCCCAGUCAUAAUAUACUAGGGAUCGCCAGUUCUGAGAUUUGAACUUAAUUUGAACUUAAUUACCUCUUCAAGGACUUAUCUCCAAAUGUAGUCACAUUCCAUUGAAAGGUUAGGUCUUCAACAUACAAAUUUGAGGUACUGGGAGAGGGGACAAAAUUUGGUCCACAGAGGUAUAGUUAAGCCACUCACUCAUUCCAGCUCAUACAGCUACGUAUACUGAGGAGCUAAGACUCAUACUCAGGUCUGUGUGCCUCCCAAGUACAGAAUUCUUUAUUUCUUGUGAUUCUAUUUUCUCAUCCCAGACAGACCCUCAGGAACCAUCUGGCCAAACAACACCACUGCACCUGCUAGGCUAGGAACCACCAGACACACAAAAAGAGAAAGAUGCUUGGCUAUACCUUAAUGAAUGAUCUAGGACAGACAUGAAAGAAAGCAAAAACAAGAGCAUAAAUUAUUAUUAUAAGAGCCACCAUAAUCAUUUAGUAAAUAGUAAUUCCUUUCUCUCCCUUUGAACAAGGCCUAUAGCAGCAUAUGAGAAGCAACAUAAGAAAGAAAUGAGGAAAACAGGAGCUGGUUGCAAAGGAGGAUGAGAUUGCAAUCAGUGAGGGUGGGGUUGGCAGUUGGAGAAGGGGAAAGAGAGAAGGGAGAUGGGACCCCCAAGGGUUUCCAAGAUAUGUUUGCACACAAGAAUCCAAAUGAAAGGAGGUGAGUCCUGGCUUUACCACCCCUAGGCUUUGUCAUCAUAGGCAACAUACUUAGCCACGGUUUUCUCAUUUUUCAAACGGGAAGACAGAUGGAGCAUGCCUAAUCUGAAAAUUCAGAAGCUGAAACUUUUUGAGUGCCUACAUGAAGUCACAAGAGGAAAAUUUCACACUUGACUGCAUGUGAUGGGUCACUGUCAAAACACAGGCAAACUAAAAAUAUCGUGGAAAAUUACCUUUAGCUAUGUGGUUAAAUUGUAUAUGAAAAAUAAAUGAACUCCAUGUUCAGAAUUGAAUCCCAUCCCCAAGAUAUAUAUGAAAACCUUUCAAAAUCUAAAAAAUCCAAAAUCCUGAUCCUAAACAUUUAUAAAGGACACUCCAGUUAUAUGUAUGACUUUCAUAGAUCUCUUGUGAGGAACAAAUGGGAUACUACUACUAUUAGCUACUAUUACCUAAGAUGAAGAUGUCUCAAGAAAUGGGUAGAACUUUUGUAAAAAGGGAAAGGGAGGAUAAAUUGUAGGUAGAACUGAGAUUCACAGUAGGACUGAGCUGAAAGAAGCACCUCAACUACUCACUAUAAUUAAUAGUAAAUUAAUUUUUUUGCCCACUUGAGUUGGGGUACUCUACUGCUUAUGUCCAGGGUAUUCUGAUACACUUCCAUUAACUGUAAUUGUUAAGUCAGAAGAACAUCUGGUUUUCAGAGGCUAUAAAUUCAUAUCAGUUUAAAAGCACAAGUAUAAUCUAAGAGAAAGAAAGCAAAAUUCUAGAUCUGAAGAAAGUGUUAAAUGGGUGGAUUGAUCGAUUGAUUGAUUAAUUGGGGAGUUGCAUGCUCAGAGAGGAAGUCUGAAGUCAAAGGGGAAAUGCAUAGAGAAUGCAGAAAAAAAGUCUUAGUUACCUGGACUCUACAUUAGCAGGACGAAAUGGAAAUUAGUGAAGGAGACAGAGGUGGGGGGAAGCUAAAAAUGCUUCAAAUGCUGCCAUGCAAACUAAGGUCAAGUUUCUGUCACUAUAACAAAUAUCAGAGACAAUCAAAAAUAAGAGAGGUUUACUUUGGCUCACAGUUUGGAGGUUUCAACCUAUGAUCAAUGGGUUCUGUGGCUUUUGGGCCUGUGGCAAGGCAGCACAUUAUGGUGGGGAGCAGGUGGUGGAGCAGACCAUUCACCUCAUGGCCUAGAAGUGAAUUAAAGGAAGAGGAAGGGACUAGGGAUCCCACGGUCCCCUUUGAGGCUGCACCUCUCAAAGACCUAAAGACCUCUCACUAGGCCCCACCUCUUAAAGUUUCCACAUUCCCAACAGAGCCAAGGGUUAGACCAAGCCUUUAACACAUGGGCUAUGGAGGACAUUAAUCCAAACCAUAGCAUAGACCAAGAAGAGGAUUCAAAAAGAAAGGUGUUAAAGUCUGCAUCAGAUUCCACAAAGAAACAAAGUAGGAAAUUACAAAGAUGUGGUUAGGUAGAGAAAACUACAAGGUCAUCAUAGGGAGAAGAUUAAACAGAAACAAAUAUAGUUUUAGUGGAGUGGAGUAGUGGUAACAAAAGCCAGAUAUGAGAUGUGAGUGGAAGAGAGCAUUGAGCAGCAUCGAUGAAGUAAUGGGACCUCCUUGCAGAAGGAUGGUAGUUGUGGAAAACAUCACUCUGUUUACCAGUAUCUGGUCCUGCUCCUCUUGCGGUCACAUAGAAGAUGUUUCUUCUCAAUGCAUGUGCAUUUUGGAAGAGCCAUGUGGCAGUUCCUUAGUAAAUUGUGAAGUGGGUCAUUUUUCUGGGCUGAGAUAGUAAAAAGUCCAUGUCUAUCCUUUUAAUCUCUCUUUGUCGUAGUGAUUAAAGAGGAGGCCCUGCACAUAGAUAAGACAGCCAAAGAUUGAAGGCUAUUGACUGCUGAGGGUCUACUGAAUAGAGGAGAGCUCAAGGAAAGUCCCUCAUCUUCCAUGGCCAUGCACAAGAACUCUCAGUAAGUCACUGAGGUAUAAGUGUUGUUUGUUAUCACAGCAAAGCCUAGUUCUAUUCUUACUAAUAUAGAGUGAAAGUGGGGGGAAAGGAGGAAAGAGGCUAAAGAGUGUAACAAAGUUGAGAAAAGGAGAUUUUUGGUUUUAUUCUUGAAUUUUAAAUUUUUGUGGUGGAUGAGAUCCAAGCAUGUUUAUUAGAAAACUGAAAGAGCCACUAUAAAGGAAGAACCUGAGGAUGAUAAAGCAAUGUCCUAAAGAGAACAGAAGAUACGGCAACACAUAAGCCAUGAGCCCUUGCCCUUCAUCUAAGAAAGGGGUAAAACUCCAGACUCAGGAGGAAUGCCCGGCAGCCUGAGUUAGAGAGGAAGUUGAGGGAGCCCACUGUCAUCGGCCCACGCACUUGACUUCAGAGACAAGCAAGCAAAGACUGGAAUUUGGAAUCCCUGGUGUGGAGCAGUUUCAAGGGAUGACGAGCGUCUAAGACUGAAAUAACCAUGCGUGCGAUGAUUGUCUUUGCACAUCAGCCUCCUGGCAGCUGUCCAUGUAAGAUGACUGGCAAGGACUGGUACAGACUGUAUUUCACUCUUUUGGUUUAAAUUCUAUAGGCAUUCCUUAAACAGAAUCCACGUUAUUUAAAAAUGAAAUACAUGCCCAGAAAGGGUUAAAAUUACUCCUUUUCUUGGUUCUUGACCCCCACCCCCACUGUUUGCCUAUGUCCUUUAACUAAAUUAGUUAUUCCAUUGACAGGCCAGUGCUGGUCCCCACACAGAAUAACACAUGCUGUGCUCUCUUUGUACGUAUACUGAUGAACUUUGACCACACAUCCUCUGCAGAGAAGGAACUCGUUCCCAAACAACUGAACUUAGCCAAGGAUUCAGGGUUCAUCUCUACUGUGGCCUACUUUUAUUAGAUAGGCUGCUGGAGAAGCAGAGAAGUCAACUUAGUUAUUAUUUCUUUAUCCCCAACUAUUCUUUUCAUCUGCUUAAUAUUAUUCUAAGACUCUGUUUCUACAAAUGAAAAUUUGGGUUAAAACCAGUAUUCACUCUCCUUUACCCAUCAGCCAUUGCUGUAUCUGGGCUGAGUAUGUCUUUUUACAAUGUCUCUUCUCCAGGCACCUUUCUUUGAUUUAAAUCAGUAGCCAACGAACAUUUUCAGUAAAUUUCAGUAAAGCAGAUGGUAAAUGUUAGGCUCUGUGGGCCAUAGCCUCUCUGUUGCAACUACUCAACUUUUCAUAACACAAAAGCAUGACACCUACGUGAAUGAGCAUGUUUUGAGUUGCAAUAUGUGAAUGAGCAUGUUCCAAUAAAACUUUAUUUACAAAAACAGUCCGUGGGCCCACGAGCUAAAUAAAAACCAUUUAAAUCAUGGGCCAACCAUGGUUUAAAGCAUGGAUUAGCAAGAAGGUGUCAGUUGAAGUGACAGAUAAAAACAAGUCUUUUAAUGUGUCUACAACUCUUUGAAGGAAAAAAAUAAAGCAUCUUGUUGGGCUCUUAUUUCCUCUGCAGACAAUACUAUGUUUUUUUCCCCCUUCUGAAACAUUGCAUUUUAAGUUUCUAGGUACUCCCACCAACACAUUCCCGCCCCCCCCACACACACACACAAAGUUGAGAGGAGCAUUAGAAUUUAAUUCAGAGAAGAGAGAGUUAAAUGGCUAAAAAUUGGAGGGUGAAAAGUAUCACUUGUCUGCAAACACAGCCUCUUGUUUAGAAACUGAUUUACCCAGACAUUGAAUUGAUUAUAAGCUAUGGAGAGUAAAAACAAAUUUGCUGACCUUUAUUUCAGAGAUCAAAGGUUGAAUUUAUACCCUGUAGGAUGGUUCUGUUAAAUUACUCCCAAGCUGCCUGGUGACAUAUCUUCGAAAAAUAUUUCUCUCCAACUUUAUCAAGUGUUCUUUGUGUUCUGAAAACAUGAUUUGAAGUCCCAGCUGGAGCCGAGAUUUCAUGAGUCUUAGAUAGCUGAAAUUCUUCUCCAACUAUAUCCAGAGACAUAUGGUUAGUUGGGAUAGAUAUUAAUUGCAGGGGCUAAUAUCUCUGAGUUUAGUUAUUUAUUGGAGA